UACUCCACUAGUUAAAGCCUCUUCAUAUAUCUCUCCACAUUAUGUCCUAUAAAUAUCACCACCCUGGCGUGUGCUCUCCACACUUCUCCAUAUCCUUAGAUAUAUUAAAAACACAAAGUUAUAACUCUUCUCUUUAUUUUCUUCUUCUUCCAUGGCAUACAUAACAAAUAGCCAAGAAUUAACAAAAAAUAAUGACAUAGAGAAACAAUCCAUGCGAGUAGAACAAAAUCUUGAUGAGGUUGAGAUAGCUGUAGAUUACUCCAAAAGAGCACAGUGGCUUAGGGCUGCAGUUUUAGGUGCAAACGAUGGCUUACUUUCAACUUCAUCUCUAAUGAUGGGAAUUGGGGCUGUAAAACAAGACGCAAAGGCCAUGAUCCUCACCGGAAUAACCGGUCUCGUGGCCGGAGCUUGUAGCAUGGCUAUAGGAGAAUUUGUCUCAGUUUAUUCACAAUAUGACAUAGAAGUGUCACAAAUGAAAAGAGAAAAUAAUGCAACUACACAUGAAUUAGAGGAAAAAAAGAAGAAGUUGCCAAGUCCAUUGCAAGCUGCAGCAGCAUCUGCUUUUGCAUUUGCAAUAGGUGCAAUAGUGCCUUUGUUGGCUGCUGCUUUUGUGAAAAAUUAUCAUGUGAGGUUAGGGAUUGUGGUGGCUGCUGUAAGCUUUGCUCUUUUGGUGUUUGGAGGGUUAGGUGCAUACUUAGGGAAUGCACCAUUGUUGAAGUCUUCAUUGAGAGUGUUGAUUGGAGGAUGGUUGGCUAUGGGAAUCACUUUUGGACUAACUAAAUUAGUUGGUGUUACUGGACUCUAUGGUUAAAUAUUGACCAUAGACUUUAAUUUGCCUUUACAUAAAUUUUUUCAUUGAAAUAUAUAUCAGUACCUAGAUUUGUUGUC